ACACUAUUUUUGGCUCACCUCUAGAAUCUCUUCUUCUUCCCUUUUCUUUUCGCUGCGUUUCCGGACGUUUUUUGCAGGUCGCAAACUACCUUUGAGACAACAAACCAAUCAACCAAGAUGGCCGAUCAAGUCGAUGAAAGUCUGAAGAAGAAGCGUACCUUCAAGAAGUUCACCUUCCGCGGUGUCGACUUGGACCAGCUUCUGGACAUGCCCAACAACCAGCUGGUGGAGCUGAUGCACAGCCGUGCCCGCAGGCGUUUCUCCCGCGGCCUCAAGCGCAAGCCAAUGGCCCUGAUCAAGAAGCUGCGCAAGGCCAAGAAGGAGGCUCCCCCAAAUGAGAAGCCCGAGAUCGUCAAGACCCACCUGAGGAACAUGAUCAUCGUCCCCGAGAUGACCGGCUCCAUCAUUGGUGUCUACAACGGCAAGGACUUCGGACAGGUGGAGGUCAAGCCCGAGAUGAUCGGCCACUAUCUGGGCGAGUUCGCCCUGACUUACAAGCCCGUCAAGCACGGUCGUCCCGGUAUCGGUGCCACCCACAGCUCUCGUUUCAUUCCUCUGAAGUGAGCGGUGCUCGUUUUCUGGGCCUUUGAGAUGAUGCGUAAUAAAUGAAACGUACUUUUGUAAGAACCUCA